UAAUAGCUUGCAGUGCUUAUUUGGUGUCGAAUGGUUUGGUUUGUAUUAUUGGAUUUUGUUGCAGGAUUCAUUUGAGGAGGUGGCGUCGGGGUUUGUGCAUUGAACUGAAUCAAAGCGGCUUGCCACCCACUCGGGCACUGCGAAUCCUCCACGGAAGCCAUUUUAUUGUGGGACCAAACCAUUCCAGUUCUCAAACUCCAUCCUCGGCAUAACCCACAAUUUUUUCACAUAACCACAGUGUCCGACACGAACUGUAACCACUGUUUAUUUGUGGCUAUUUAGGACCUGCAGCUUGCAGCAGUCGCCACAGGUGCAGUGGUUAGAACAAUUACUACGCAUUUACGGCACCUGGUUAGUAAUGACAGAUAGUAAAGGGACAUCAUUGCCUGCAAUGCCAGAGCCCAGGAGUCCUACCACCAUGAAACAGCCCUCUGAUUCACCUGGUGGACGUAAGGGUCGGGGUGAUGGGAGCACUGACCCUACUAUGCUCAUGGAUAAAGCUGCUACUCAGCUGGCAGCUACACCUCAAGAAAGCGUUUUGCAGAUGAUUGGCAGUCAUGGUCAUAACCACACCCAUGAGCGACUAAAGGACCUGACUUCCCGCUUGUUAAAUGGCGAUCAAGACACAAUUCCAAAGCUCUGUGCUGCCACAGCAGCACAGCCUCUUCUCAAAGUGGUGGAGCCUGUUCCUCAACAUGCCAGCCCUCCGAGGAAGUCCAGUGUUUCUCCUGAACUCACUUUUAAAAUAACCAAAUGUGUGGUAAAUCUAGGUGGUAAGACAAAUCGAUUCGGAGCAGAUUAUGCAGGGGAGGGAACAGAGGAGACAGAUGCACCUUUGAGACUUUCAGAAGGUUUUCUGGCCUCUCCAACUGCCAGGAGAGAAAGACGAAAGAAGAAGAGGGGUCUUGUGAGGAAGAGAAGUCCACCAAAUCGGAGACAGUCAAUUUUAACCCCUACUUCGAGUUCUGAUAAAUCCCCUCUACUACACACCACCAUAAGGUCUAAUGACCUCACCAUUGAACCAUGUGUUCCCACUGCAUCUAAUGAGCAGACUGAUGGCGAGAUACCUGUUAGUGUACCUUCCAUCCCCAUUCAGGAGCCCGUGUCUGAUUGCGAAUUGAGUGAUGUUGCACAGGGUGUGGAUGAUGUGGAAGUGUGUUGUACAGAGACACAACCCCAUUUGCAGUUCUCAGUGGGAGAUGUUAUCUGGACCAAAGUGUCUGGAUACCCUUGGUGGCCAUGCAUGAUCACUACAGACCCAGAGUUUAACAUGCACUUUAGGUCAAAAGUGAAUAGCCGCACAGGAUUAUUGUACCAUGUACAGUACUUCGGAAAUGCUCCAGAGAGAGGAUAUGUUUUUGAGAAGAGCAUGGUCACCUUCUCAGGAAAACACCAGUACCAGUCACUUUGCCGCAGCAACAAACUGCCCAUUGAUAUCAGUGGAAGGAAGAUGUCUUUGAUGUGCUCUCUACAGCGGGCAAUUCCUCGUAAGUUCCGGGAACAGUGGGAGACAGGUGUGUCACAGGCAACAGAAGCCUUGGGUCUACUAUUAGAGGAGCGACUGGCCAAAUUCAGCUUUGUUUAUGAAAAUGGGAAAGCCCAGUUCAACCCUCGCAUGCUACAAGAGCUUCAAGCACAGCGCAAUCAGGGACCACAGCAAGACCCAGAUCAGAGGGAGUCUCAGGAGCUGGUCAGCCUCACUCCUCCCGACUCCACUCAUUCCAGCCCCAACUCCACAACAACAACCAUCAUCCCAGGCCUCUUCUCCCACCCCACAGACAGUAGCACUUCAUCAGGGAAAAACACCUUCCCCCAAAAAGCACCUAAAACGUCAGUGAAGAAGGAUCGGCACGGCACAAUACUGAAGUGGAAGAAGACAGAAGCUUCCUCUGCAAAAGAUGUCCCUGGGUCUACUGUUCAGGUUUCCUGCACUGCAUCAGAGACAUCUGAACAUCAGAGUAAAAUAAAGACAAAGGCUGGGAAAUGGGCUUACCAGAAAAAGAAGGACCUGCUCUGUAUUGAUCUAGACCUUCAGCCAAAAGCUCAAAAGAAACCGAGACAGCUCAGACAGAAGUUUCCUGCAGCACCAAAUUCAGUAAAGAAGAGGAAAGUAAAAGCUGGUGUCAGUAUCUCUGACACUUUAAGCACAGUGUCCACUAAUCCUGGACUUUCAGAUAUAAAGGUAUUAGCACCAAGCCCAAAAGUCUUGGAGGAGGAAGAUGCAUCUAAAGGAAAGAAAAUAGUCUACAAACGUUUACGAGAAUCAAAGGAUGAUGUGGUGCUGCAGCCUAAAAAGAAAACCAAGCUUGAAAAAGUGGUAAAAAAGCAGAAAGGCCAAAAGAAGGCACCAUCAAAUGAGGCCACUGUCAGUAAACCCAGGGGGAGGCGGCGGAAGGCAGACAGGGAUGACAAAAGGAAACAAGCUAAAAAAGGCCCAAGGGACGAGUCUCCUGCUAAAGCCAAACGUGUCAGGAAGUGGAAACAGGAGUCAGGCAGACAAUCUUUUCCUGUCUCAUCCAAAAAGCACUGCCCAUUAUCUUCUCCUGAACCAGAGAGUUCGCUGUGUGAGCAGAGACCUGAUUCUCCCAGUGACAGUACAGACGAAUCACAUCACUCAAAGAAGACCGAACGAACUGCAGGUGCCAGGAAAGAAAGUGUGUGUCUGGUGUGUGAGCAGACCGGGGAGGAUCUGGUGAUGUGUGAAGGACAGUGCUGUGGCUCAUAUCACCUGCACUGUAUUGGACUGGAUCGGUCAGCAGAAAAGGUGCUCUGCACCGCCUGCAGCUCAGGUGUGCAUGUGUGUUUCACCUGUAAGAAAUCUGAAGGAGAGGUACGGCGUUGCUGUGUGCUUCACUGUGGCCGCUUCUACCAUGAGGCCUGUGUGCGGUUGAGCGCUCUGACCGUGUUUGAGAACCGAGGCUUCCGCUGCCCCCUGCACACCUGUCUCAGCUGCCACUACAGCGGCCGCGGCGCCGGCAAGGCCACCAAAGGAAAGAUGAUGCGUUGUUUACGCUGUCCUGUGGCCUAUCAUGUUGGAGACCUGUGUGUUGCUGCAGGGAGUGAGAUGAUCACUUCCUCUGCCAUUGUGUGCACAAACCACUUCAGGCCUAAGAAAGGCUACAGUCACCACUCUCACGUCAACGUCAGCUGGUGCUUUAUCUGCUCAAAGGGUGGCCGUCUGCUGUGCUGUGAGUCAUGUCCAGCUGCGUUUCACCCUGACUGUCUGAACAUCGCUAUGCCUGAUGGCAGCUGGUUCUGUAAUGACUGCCGCUCAGGGAAGAAACCCAAAUACAGAGACAUCAUCUGGGUCAAACUGGGGAACUACAGAUGGUGGCCUGCAGAGAUACGUCACCCUAAGAACAUCCCGACCAACAUCCAGCACCUCCGUCAUGAGAUCGGAGAGUUCCCCGUGUUCUUCUUUGGCUCUAAAGACUAUUUCUGGACACACCAGGGCAGAGUCUUUCCUUACAUGGAGGGAGACAGGGGGAGCAAAUACCAGCAUAAUGGCAUUGGAAAGGUCUUUAAAAAUGCACUGCUGGAGGCUGAAGCUCGCUUUAAGGAGAUCGAGAUGGAGAGGGAGGCCAAAGAGGCUCAAGAGAACAAUAAGAAACCUCCUCCAUACAAAUACAUCAAGGUGAAUAAGCCUUGUGGGCGAGUGCAGGUGUACACCGCAGACAUCUCUGAGAUCCCCAAGUGUAACUGUAAGCCAUCAGACGAGCGUCCCUGCAGCUUCGAGUCUGAGUGUCUGAACCGUAUGCUGUUGUACGAGUGCCAUCCUCAAGUGUGUCCGGCUGGAGAGCGCUGCCAAAACCAGGACUUCACCAAACGCCACUACCCAGAGACCAAGAUCAUCCGCACGGCAGGCAAAGGCUGGGGCCUGGUGUCAUUGAGAGACAUUAAGAAAGGAGAGUUUGUGAAUGAAUAUGUGGGUGAACUGAUAGACGAGGAGGAGUGCAGAGCCAGAAUCAAAUAUGCUCAGGAGAAUAACAUCACACAUUUCUAUAUGCUCACUAUUGACAAGGAUCGGAUUAUAGAUGCGGGACCUAAAGGGAACUACUCUCGCUUCAUGAACCACAGCUGCCAGCCCAACUGUGAGACUCAGAAAUGGACGGUUAAUGGAGACACACGCGUGGGCCUGUUUGCUGUCUGUGACAUCCCUUCUGGCACUGAGCUGACUUUUAACUAUAACCUGGACUGUCUUGGGAAUGAAAAGACUGUGUGCCGCUGUGGAGCGCCCAACUGCAGUGGUUUCCUAGGUGACAGACCCAAGAAUGGUCCAACUUCUGAGCCCAAAGCCAAGCAUCAGAAGAAAAAGCCCAAGCGUAGAAAGUCCCGGAAUGAAGGAAAGAAGUCUGAGGAUGAGUGUUUCCGCUGCGGUGACGGAGGAGAGCUGGUUCUGUGUGAUAAGAAGGGCUGCACCAAAGCCUAUCACCUUUCCUGCUUGGACCGCACCAAGAGACCAUUUGGUCGCUGGGACUGUCCCUGGCAUCACUGUGACGUGUGCGGAAAGAACUCUGAUGCUUUCUGCCAGCUGUGCCCUAACUCUUUUUGCAAGGCUCACCAGGAGGGGGCGCUGCAGUUGCACCUGCUGACGGGCCAGCUCUGCUGCCAGGAACAUGAAGACUCUGAUAUCCACCCUCAGGCGGAGACCCCGGUGGAGCACAACGCUGAAGUACCCUCAUCCACCAAACCACGCAAGUACAGGCGCAGAGCGACGGCCACAACCAGCAGCAAAGAACCUCUCAAGAAGAGGUCCAGAAAGACCGCAGAUGUGUAGUGGGAUAUUGAACUAUGGACCCUGCCUUUCCUGUAACUAAUCCCGCCCUACUCAGCUCCUGCCCCAAAUGAUUCAGUGAUAUUGACGUCGCGUGACUGUUCUGCCAAGCUGAAAGCACUGUACGUGUCUGAUCAGGGAAGCGUGUUAACACUGUAGAGCUCCUCAGAGCUUCCGAAUCAGGUCCCCUCCACUCACUCUGCCUCUUCAGAUUCCACUUGUGUGUGUGUGUGUGUGUGUGUGUGCGUGCGAAUGUGUGCAUGCACUGACAAAUAGCCGACAGAGCCGACAGACCGAACACCUCAAAUAAACAGCAUUACGGACGCCAAACUUGAAACCUUUUUACACCUUUAUGAAUCUUGGCAUAGAUUUUUUUUUUUUUUUUUUGAACAGUAGAUAUGUAUAUGGAAAUGUAUAUGAAAGACCGAAAUUAUAA